AUGACUUCUACCUACCAACUCCUGCCUACAGAAGACGAUCAUCUUCUUGGUAGUGCCAACCAUGUGUCUGCAACCAUCACAACCCCAAGCGAAUGUCCUUCUGCAAUGACAUUUGACAGCAAAAUUAAAAAACAAAGAAAGACAACCGCUUCUUGUUCAAGAAAUACUCUCAUGAAUCAUCAUACGACGUCUGUUGAGCAAGCCAAACGCAAGAAAAAGAAACGUUCUCUCAUUGAAGAAAUUGUCAAGAAUACACCUCCUGCCACUUGUCAUUCACCUCACUUGUCAUCCAACCUGUCCUCACCCUUAAUCGAUCCAACACAAUUAUCGUUAACCAUUUCCUCUCGACGAUCCUCUACUACUACUUUAUUUCAUCACCAACCAUCUCACUCGACCAUGUUUAUCGAUUGUUCCAAUCCUGUGAAUUCCAAUAACAAUUACCAUAACAGUAAUUACCAAAGACAAAAUUCAUGGACAAGUCCACGAACGUUCAUGGAACAUGCAGAGCCUCUUCCUGUCAGUAAUCAUUCCAACGAUCACAACGACUCGAGCGGCGACAUGUGUCAAGUCAUUUUAACCAAUUGGAAAUCUCGUUCAGAAACCAGACAAUGGAUCAAGAAGUGCAUCAAUGAAACCAAUGACUCGUCUCCAAUGACGAAUGAAAAGAAACACAAAGUCAUCAUCUCUUCACCAUUAGAAUUGAAUUUCACGAACAAGAAUCAUCAUCGACAUGUAGCGACAAGUUCAACAUCCUCUUCAAGUGGUUCAUCCAAUUCUUCCUCAGUUUCGAAUCAUGAUGGUUCUUUACCCACUUAUAUUUACACGACAUGUCCAUUACCAUUUCAAGCACCAAUUGGAAAUCAUUCCAAGAAAUUUCAACACGUGGACCAUUCGAAACAGAUUCCUUCGAAUGGAGCUCAUGUGCCACUUGUCCAUUCUGAAAUACCACAACAACGACAACUACCAUUACAACCAACAACCACAACAAGGUAUCAUCAUUCUUCGAGUGAUUUAUUUUCCAUGCAUUCAUUGUCGAAGAAUAAUUUUCGAACUGAUGUUUAUCCUCCAUCCUCAAUGGAUUUAAUAGAAGUUCCAAAGGUGGUAGUGGCACAACAACAUCAGGUCGAGUCGAAUCCACCAAUGGUGUUGCCAAGUUUUAGAGAAUUUGUUUCAACAUUGGGUUUGUAA